AAAAAAAAUAUAAUUUAAAUUCAAAUGGUAAAAACAAAGAAAAGAAGAACCCAUUUAAGAAAAAAUGAAGAAUUAUCAAACACCCGUAUACCAAAAUCGAUGGUCAUACGUACUGGAGCGUCAAAUGUUGGGUCUAGUAUAUCCCAACUUACGCGAGACAUUAGACGUAUGAUGGAGCCACAUACUGCAGUUCGAUUAAGAGAGCGAAAAGCUAAUCGACUUAAAGAUUAUAUUACAAUUUCUCGUCCUUUAGGUAUUACACAUUUAUUAUUAUUAUCAAAGACAGAAUCAGGACCUAAUAUGAGAAUUAUUCGAUGUCCACAUGGACCAACUCUAUAUUUUAGAAUAAAAACAUAUUCGCUUUGUAAAGAUAUUAUAAAAACACAAAAAAAACCCAGAUCUCCAGGCUCUGAAUUCUUGAUGCCACCUUUGCUUAUUUUAAAUAAUUUUAUCUCUGGAAAAAAAGAACUACCUCAUGAAACUCUUUUAACAUCAACGUUUCGUAACUUGUUCCCUGAAAUAUCUGUCAAAAAAACUCAAACAUCAUAUAUUAAAAGAACAUUACUUUUACAUCGAGAUCCAUCUAAAGGUUAUAUUGAUUUACGUCAUUAUGCUAUUGUAACAAAAAAUGUUGAUAUUUGUCAACCAAUUAGAAGAAUUUCAACAAAUUUAGACAUAAAAAAAAAACCCUUACCAAAUUUGGGUUUCAUUGAAGAUAUUUCAGAAUAUGUGCUUCACAAUACAGGAUUUAUAGAAAGUGAUUCAGAAAUAGAGGAUGAUGCAAUAGUUGAGGUUAAGGAGGAAACUAAUAUGAAAAACUGUACAAAAGAAAAAGUACAGAAAAAAGCUAUAAAGUUGAUCGAGCUUGGUCCUAGACUACAAUUAGAACUAUAUAAAAUAACAGAAGGUGCCUCAGAAGGGAAUAUUUUAUUUCAUAAGAGUAUUUCUAAUACAUUGAAUGAAGAAAUAAACUUUAAAGAGGAACAUUAAAAAUUAGUAAAAAAUAAAUAACUAGAAAUAUAAAAAUAUAAAU